AUGGCUCCACAUGUGCUUCUCAUAGGAGCUCACGGGAAAAUCGCUCAGCUCUUGACUCCUCUUUUGCUAGCUAAAUCUUGGAAUGUCACUGGCAUGAUCCGCACCGCUGAGCAAAAGGCCACCAUUGAGAAGCUCGGGCAAGGGCAGCCGGGUAAACUAAGCGUACUCGUCAGCAGCGUUGCGGAUGUGAAGAGCGAGGCCGAUGCGAAGAAGAUUCUAGAUCAAGUCAAGCCAGAUUGGGUGGUUUGGAGUGCUGGCGCUGGGGGCAAAGGAGGUCCCGAGAUGACGUUUGCCGUUGACCGCGAUGCGGCCAUCUCGUUUACAAAAGCGAGCACCCACACACCAAGCAUCAAGAAAUUUCUCACAGUCUCAUAUCUCGCCUCUCGCCGAAGCAGGCCCUCAUGGUGGUCAGACAAAGAUUGGGAGGCCGCCCAAAACAUUAACAACGAAGUAUUGCCCAAUUACUAUAAAGCUAAAGUCGCUGCCGACGAAGUUCUGACCAUUCUCUCAAAAGAGCGCAACGAUAAUGAGGCGAGAGAUUCUGUUCCUGUCAAAGAGCGCUUCACUGGGAUCAGUCUCCGACCCGGAACACUGACUGAUGAGAAGGCAGGUGGCGUCAAGGUUGGGAAGAUUGGGGUUGGGGAUAAGACAAGCCGCGCUACAGUUGCGGGGGCUAUUGUGGCAGCCUUGGAAACUGAGGGUGCGAAGGGCUGGAUCGACAUUAUCGAUGGGCGUGAUGAUGUUAGUACGGCGAUUCAGCAGCUAACCAAAGAAGGCAUGGAUUCCGUAGAUGAGGAGGACUUAGAGACGAUGAUAGAGAAUAUCGCCAAGUUGUGA